GGCAUUCAGCAUUUGAACUGCUCGUCGCCUCCGACUUCACAAUACUCUUUCAGGGACUCGCCAACUGACGUUGUUCGGCAUCGAUCGUGUGUCAUUUCUCGUCGGCGCUCACAACAUUUUUGCACGUAUCCGGUUGGGACACAGUCACAGAUACAGGGCGAUCAUAAGGAAAUUCAAUCAUGGCAGACGAGGCUAAGGCCAAAGGCAAUGCUGCAUUCUCGGCUGGGAAGUUCGAUGAAGCUAUAAAGCAUUUUGGGGACGCAAUAGCUCUGGCCCCAAGCAAUCAUGUCCUGUACUCUAAUCGCUCAGCUGCGUAUGCUUCUUUACAUAAGUACCAGGACGCCCUUCGGGAUGCCAAGAAGACUGUCGAGUUGAAACCUGAGUGGCCCAAAGGUUACAGCAGGUUGGGUGCUGCUUACGUGGGUCUCAGGGAUUAUGACGAAGCCAUUGCAGCGUACAAGAAAGGUCUGCAGACCGACCCAAACAACGACGGUUUGAAGUCUGGGUUGGCCGAUGCAGAGGCAGCCAAGCCACGGUCUUGGGCACCUCCUGCAGGUGAUUCACCGAUGGGAGGUGGGUCUCCUUUCGGGAACAUGUUCGGGCCCGAUGUGUGGGUGAAGCUGCAAGGCGAUCCUCGGACUCGACCCUACUUGCAGCAGCCCGACUUCGUGGCGAUGAUCAACGAUGCACAGAAGAAUCCCAGCAACGUAUCUCGCUACAUCAAUGAUCCUCGUAUGAUGCAGGUGAUUGGUGUUCUGCUGGGUGUUAAUAUUCAGACUGCACAGCCCGGGGCGGAAUUCGAAGGUGAUGACGGGCAUUCCGAAGAGGCAACGUCCCCACCAGAGAUUCGCACGGAGGAGCGGCCACGGAGUGUACCAUCAACUCAGCCUGCCCCUGCUGCUUCCUCCGAAAAAGUGCCAGAGCCAGAACCGGAACCAGUGGACGUAAACGACGAUGAGAAGGAGUUGAAAAACCGGAAGGCCCAGGCCCUGCAGGAGAAAGAAGCUGGGAAUGCGGAGUACAAGAAAAAGAACUUCGAAGCUGCUGUGCAGCACUACACCAAAGCUCUUGAAUUGUAUGGGGAAGACAUUUCCUUCAUCACAAAUCGGGCUGCAGUAUACUUAGAGAUGGGCAAGUACGAAGAGUGCAUCGCCGACUGUGAAUUGGCCGUCGAAACAGGAAGGUCAUUGCACGCCGACUACAAGCUGAUCGCGAAAGCGUUGACAAGAAAGGGUACAACCUUGGUGAAGAUGGCCAAGACUAGCAAAGACUAUGAGGCUGCUAUUGAAGUUUUCAACAAAGCUUUGACUGAGCACCGAAACCCAGAUACUCUGAAGAAGCUGAACGAGGCAGAGCGUGUUAAGAAGGAGUUAGAGCAGCGAGAAUACUAUGACCCUGCAAUAGCUGAGCAAGAGAGAGAGAAAGGGAAUGAAUACUUUAAGAAGGACCAGUAUCCAGAGGCUGUAAAACACUAUACAGAGGCUAUCAAGAGAAAUCCAUCAGAUGCAAAGGCGUACAGUAAUAGAGCAGCAUGCUACACAAAGCUGGGAGCUUUACCGGAAGGUUUGAAAGAUGCAAACAAGUGCAUAGAAUUGGACGACACGUUUGUGAAGGGAUACUCGAGGAAGGGUGCUAUUCAAUUCUUCAUGAAGGAAUACGACAAGGCUUUGGAAACUUACCAGCUUGGAUUGAAGCAUAAUGAAGGCAACCAGGAGUUGAUGGAUGGCGUUCGGAGAUGUAUGGACCAAAUCAACAAAAUGAACAGGGGUGACAUCAGCGCUGAUGAUCUUAAAGAGAAGCAGGCGAGGUCCAUGCAAGACCCUGAAAUUCAAGGCAUCUUAUCAGAUCCCGUCAUGAGACAGGUACUUACAGAUUUCCAGGAGAACCCAAAGGCUGCGCAAGAGCACAUGAAGAAUCCUAUGGUGAUGGGUAAAAUCCAAAAAUUGGUCAAUGCUGGUAUUGUGCAAGUGCGAUAGUUGGACCUUAUCUUACGUAGGUACAACUACAUAGAACAGACAAGUUAUCUCUGGUUUAGUAGUUUUAGAUGUUAAAUAUGGAUAUGCUGAUUUAUCCAUCUUGUAAGAUCGGCUGGGUUUUCGUAGCAGUGAACAUCGAUCCCAGAUUGAAGGACUGCUUGCUCAAAUUGGUCUCAAAAACUUCAUUUGAAGUCUGCCGACAUUGAGUGAAUGUGAAUUGUGAACGUCGGUGUCAGAGAAUGUUCUAGUUCUACCCAAUUUUUCAGCUUUCGUGGGUACUAUGAUCAAUCUAAACUUUUUGUUCAUGGUA